AAGAUCUUAGCAUCUCCUCACCGCCGAUCGCCCGCAGUUCCCGUCGAGGCUGGCGGUUGGUUUCUUAGCCUGCCAUUCGGCGUCGCUCGACUCCCUCUACUUUGUUUUGGCAACCUUCAUAAGGCCUCGGAAAACCCCCUCCCGCCAAACUGAGCGCCUUAUCCCGCCCGUCUUCGUUUCUCUCUCCGGCAGUUUGAGACACUCGAGGAAGCUGCCAAAAAGGCAGAGUUGGCUCCCAUCAAGUUCAAAGAUGCCGUGGGCCGAAAAUUUAGCUUCCCUUUUCACUUGUGCAACACCUGGCAGGGAAUGGAGGAGUUGAUUAAGCAGGCCUUCCUACAGGUUGAUGUCCUAGGUCCUCACGUCCAAGAGGGCCACUAUGACUUGAUCGGCCCUAAUGGCGAUAUCAUCCUCCCCUCUGUCUGGGAGAAGGUAGUUGAGCCGGACUGGGCCAUUACCAUGACCAUGUGGCCGCUCGACAAAGCACCACCGGUAGGCGGUCCAAAGCUUCCCCCCGGGAUGCCGCCGAUGCCGAAUAAGGACCAUCUGCCCCCAGGAAUGCCACCGCUCAACCGACCAAGACCCGGCGGCAUUGGCAUUCCUCCGCCGCCUCCUGGUUGGCUCCCAGGCGGUGGACUUGGGGGUAUUCCCCCUCCGCCUCGGGGACCGCCAGGUGUGCCUCCCGGCAUCAAGAUUGUCAACGCUGCACCACCCAAGAAGAAGAGCAGUUCAAGCAGCAGCAGCAGCAAGCAAAACACCACCAUGCUCAACUUCCUCUCUGGGAAGCCUGUGAAAAAGAAGUCAUCAAGCAAAAAAUAAUUUCACUUCCAUACGUUGUUGCAUGACUUUUUUUUGUGUUUAAUUAAAAAGAUAUGCUUUGAUUACAUUCGCGCCCUAUAUCCGAGCGACUUGAUAUUUUUCUCUUCCUGUGUUCUUUUUUCUUUCUUUCUUUCUUUCUUUCUUUCUUUUGUUUCGCCAUCUGAUUCCCAUGUUUAUGAUCCUUUUGAGCGAAAGAUUCCCCUCCUGUUUCGCUGUCCGUGGUGGUUUGGGGCUCACCGUUUCAAUGGUGGUUCGGCUUAUUCACAUCCGGUUGCAUUUUGUACUGGAGUAUGCGGCAAGGGUCUGUACGAAGGGGGAGAGUAAGAUGCGUCGAGUCCCAGGCAUGAUGAGCCCUACUUUCGUCUCAUUCAUAGCUGGCGGCUCGACAUGAGAAACGGGGAUGUAUGGCGUAUAUGGACGAUGACAUUUGGAUACUAGGGAGCAAUUGGUGAGGGUUAGACAAGGGGGGGUGGCUACGUCUGAUGAGGAUAUGAUGUAUUUACGUGUUUUGCGAAUUUUUUUUUUUUUUGCUGCAACGGAAAGCUGUUGAGCUACGCAAGCGGGGAUGGUUAGUUGUCGCAAGUCUAGAGCAUCUAUCUACCAAUAUAACCGUCUAACAUCU